AUGGCUCCCUCCGCUAUCUCCACAGACCCAGUCUCUCAGCUCGAGAGCGAGUCUGUUGUGCUGAUUCAAGCCGCAACUUCAGAUGUCAAGUCCAAUCCACACUUUGAGCCAUCCAAACCUUCCAUUGAACCAGUCACCACCGAGAUCAAAUCUGAAGACUCGACAGAGACUUCUUCAGAGGUUGAUGGUUUCAUAGACACACCCCCCUCGGGACUUGUUGACAAGAAGGCCGAGGACACAAAAGCUCAAACCACUAAAUGGCUAUCACUCAACGAAGUCGUUCCCAGCGUUAGCGAGCCCCUUUCCGGUGCUAAGAAGCUACGAAAGAUGCUUUUUGAAACCGAUGAACUCAUUAUCUGCCCUGGUGUUUACGAUGGUCUAUCAGCCCGAACGGCCAUCGAGCUUGGAUUUAACGCCAUGUACAUGACUGGUGCAGGUACCACAGCCUCCCGUCUUGGACAGCCAGACUUGGCCAUUGCCCAGCUGCACGAGAUGCGGGAAAAUGCCGAGAUGAUUGCCAACCUUGACCCCUUUGGCCCUCCCCUGAUUGCCGAUAUGGAUACUGGUUACGGAGGUCCCAUCAUGGCCGCUCGUACUGUCGAGCAAUACAUCCGUUCUGGUGUAGCAGGCGCUCACCUUGAAGACCAAGUGCUGAUGAAGCGCUGCGGUCACCUCGGUGGAAAGAAAGUUGUCCCUAUCGACGAGUACAUUGCUCGUAUUCGGGCCGCCCACGGUGCCCGCGUCCGUCUCCAGUCCGACUUCGUCUUGAUUGCCCGCACCGAUGCUCUCCAGACCCUCGGCUACGACGAGUGCAUUCGCCGUCUGCGCAUGGCUCGUGACGAGGGUGCCGACGUCGGUCUCCUCGAGGGCUUCUCCUCCAAGGAGCAAGCCGCUCAGGCCGUCAAGGACCUUGCUCCCUGGCCUCUCCUGCUCAACUCCGUCGAGAACGGCAAGAGCCCGCUUAUCACCGUCGACGAGGCCCGGAAGAUGGGCUUCCGUAUCAUGAUCUUCAGCUUCGCCACCAUCUCCCCCGCCUAUAUCGCCAUCCGUGAGACCCUCAUGCGCCUGAAGACCCAAGGCAUUGUCGGCACGCCCUCACAUAUCACCCCCAUCAAGCUAUUCGAGGUAUGCGGCCUCAAACACAGCAUGGCUGUCGACAUGAACGCCGGUGGAGCCUCUUUCGCCGGAGACUUAUAG